AUGGAUUUGUCUACAACACCAGGAAUGCAGCCGCCGGCCGGCCAGACAUCGCAUUUUAAUGGGUCCUAUAGCUCACUUCAGAUUGGAACCGUCAUUUCCUUUGGUGUCACCUUCUUCAUCGCUACGUGCUUCCUGGGUCUUCGGGUCUUCCAAGCGGUCAAGUUGAUCAAAAAUAUCGAGCUGGAUCUGAUUACGAUCAUAAUUUCCUAUGGCGUCUCUGCGACCUACUUCGCCACGAUAGUCAAUCAAAUGAAAUGGGGCUGGGGAAAACACAUGUGGAAUGUCUCAUUAGCGGAUCUUAUGGAAUUCAACAAGGUCAGAUCGGAACAUCGAAACAUUCCAAGGAAGUAUAAGACUAACGCAGAGCAGGGCUUGCUUCCCAACACCUUGACUUAUUUGAUAUGUCCAGCCAUUACAAAAAUGGCCAUUGUGUCCGUUUUAUUUCGGAUUAAUCCCUCGGUCAUCUAUCGCUGUAUUGUGGUAGCUGUUGCUGUAUCCAUAUUCGCAUAUACCCUGGUAUUAUGUACCAUCGUGGGAGGGCCAUGCAACCCGCUCAAAACCGGAACGACGGCAUGCCUGGAGAAUGUUGCUUUGGCUCAAUCAGUUUUGAACAUUGCAUCAGACAUUGCUGUCAUAGCCUUACCCAUACCGACAAUCCAUGCCCUUCAUCUAUCGACGAAGAACAAGAUCACGGUCGGAUGUCUUCUAACUCUGGGAUCUGGCGUCAUUGUUUGCUCGAUUGCCCGCCUACCAUACGUCCUCCUCCUCGACAAAACUGAAGACGUAACCUACACUGAAGCGAUCCUGGGAAUAUGGUCAAUGGUUGAGAUAAAUCUCGGUAUCGUCUGCGCUUGUGCAAUGCGCAUGAAAAGAUUGAUUGCAACAUAUCUCCCGCGACUAUCCUUGUUCUCAUCUAACCCAAGUAAUACUGCGAAAACAUCGCAUGGGUCGGAUUUGAGGAGAUUCCAACCUAACGGUAGAGGUCAACACUCCUACCAGCUUCACAGUCUCCAAGGGAGCAGUGUGGACCCUUUAAAUGAUCCCAAGGGUAUAAAAUAUCAUCAAUCGUUCAAGGUUGAUGUACAAUCUAAAGACGGCGGAGGUGGGGAUGCCGCAAGCACGGAUAAAAUUUUGAUCUGA